UUUACCGUUAUUAUUAGAAACCCAAACGGUAACUCGCCACCGGAAGCCUUAAAAUCCCAAUUGCCCUCUAUCUAUUGCGACGGUUAGGUAACUUCCUCAGGCAGGCUACUACCCCAAAUGCCAAAGAGUGAUUUCUUGAGCAUACAGACAUUUUCUCAACCAUGGUUAGUCAACCUAAAGCCGCUUGGAUCGUCGCGGCCUGUAUCCUUUUCCCGACUAGCACAAUCUCUGUUGCUUUAAGGGUUCUGGCGAUCCGGCUCCGUGGUACUGGGUUCAAGUUACGUGAUUAUCUGGUUUUCUUCGCCUACCUUUCGCAAAUUGUGUAUAUGAUACAUAUAUCGAUCGGUGUAACACUCGGGGGAUAUGGCUAUCACAUGGAGGACUUGCCUGAUACGAAGGCUAUUAUUUCUUUGAAGACGUAUUUCUCGCAAGAAUUCAUUUGGGCAACAGGGACACUUGCUUUUCGUAUUUCGAUUUUGCUGCUAUACUUGGAGAUCUUCCGGCUCACCAGCUUCCGAUGGGCAGUCAUAGGUACAGGUACAGUGGUGUUCUUUUGGUGGGUGGCUUGCAUUAUCACCAUUUGCGCAUUGUGCCGACCGACAUCAUUCAAUUGGGACCGGACCAUAGAUGGAACCUGCGGCAAUGUAGCAUUCGUAUAUGUUUUUACGGCAGCCUUGAAUAUGGCUAUUGAUAUUUGGGUCGUGUUUCUCCCACUUCCUAUGAUCUGGAAGCUUCAACUUUCAACAGCUAGAAAGUGGUCUCUCACUGCGUCGUUUGCACUGGGUUUAUGCACCGCUGGAAUCAACCUCGGUCGAUUGAUUUACGACACUUAUUGUCCCGCCCUCGAUGUCUCAUAUUGCGCACUCAUCAGUUGUAUUUUAGUCGUAGCGGAACUAGCCGGGGGCAUACUCGUGGCUACAGUGCCUACAUUAGGCCCACUUUUGCCGAAAAAGGAGAGAGAAUGGUCGGAUACACCCGACAAACCACAAGGUGUUCUGCGCACGAUCGGAUCGAUCCCACUGAGAAAUAUCAAGAAGGGUUACACGUUAGGGGCGUCGUUGUUUUCUCAGACUGAGACCAAGGUCAAUUCAGAGGAAGCUUCAAUAGAACUAGCUACACAAGGCGCCGACAUGGGGCGUGAAGCCGCGCCGGGGAGAGCAUGGGCUAGAGUCGAUUCUAUUGACGAUAUUUCGACUCGGAAACCGACGUCUUCUGGUUUGAAUGACAAUUUGGGUUGAUGUGAUUGAAGGAAUUGCAUUGUAUCAACUUAGUAGUGCUGGCCAUACAGAGUACGGCUGGUUAAUAUGUAAAUAAGACUAUUUUAUUGGUUUAAAGACUCUACUACAUGAUCUCUACAAUGCAGCUGUCUUAAAAACACUAGCAUGGUCCGCUCUAAUUCAGCCCGACGCCAUU